AUGGUAAAAUUGAUUGUUUUCAGUACGGAACAUUUAGCAUCAAACGUGGGUACGGUUGGAUCUUAUCCAGGAAGCGUUAGAACGAGUGCGGAAUGUUCUUUGGCUUCCAGUAGGGAAUCAUCCACGACGACCGUGCCAUACAAAGUGGUCAUGUUGGGAAGUGCUGGAGUGGGUAAAAGUUCACUAAUAUCUCAAUUUAUGACUUCCGAAUAUUUACACGCUUACGACACUAGUUUAGAUGAAGAAUUUGGAGAAAAAUCCGUUUCAGUUUUAUUAGACGAAGAAGAAUCUGAAUUAAUAUUCGUGGAUCAUCCAUCAGCCGAAAUGUCUCCAGAAAAUUGCAUCACGACGUAUCAACCUCAAGCAUAUAUAAUUGUUUACUCAGUAGUGGAUCGAUCGAGCUUUCAAAUAGCAGAAGAAACUUUACAAUCCCUUUGGAAAACAGAUUCGAUAGGAUCAAAAGCGGUUAUAUUGGUUGGAAACAAAACGGAUCUUGUACGUAGCAGAACGAUCACAUCUGAUGAGGGUAAAAACAUGGCGAGAUCGUACGAUUGUAAAUUUAUCGAAACUUCUGUCGGUAUCAAUCACAACGUGGAUGAACUUUUGGUCGGAAUACUCACGCAAAUCAGACUGAAAAUACAACAGGCGACAAAACCCAAAAGGAAUAAAUCUCCUUUGGGUAGAUGCAUAGGAAAAGAUAGCGACUCACCGAAAAAAUGGAGAAAAAGUCGUUUGACAGCUAGUUUAAAAGUAAAAGGAUUUUUGGGAAGAGUUUGGGUGAGAGACAGCAGAAGUAAAAGUUGUGAAAAUCUACACGUUCUGUAG